AUGGCUGGCUUAGAGGAAUUAAGAAAAAAGCUCACGCCUUUGUUCGAUGCCGAAAAGGGCUUCUCCACGGGCUCAACCUUGGACUUGGACCCUUGCGAUUCUUACACGCUAUCGGACAGUGGAACGGUCAACUUGCUGAGCAGAUCGUACGGUGUGUACAACAUCAAUGAGCUCGGAUUGCAGAAAUGCACGACCUUGGCGGUGGACGACAGCAGCGAAAAGACGUACCGGUGUGGUUCGCAUGAGAUGAGGGUAUUUGGGGCAAUUGGCAGUGGCGCCAGCAGCGUUGUACAGAGAGCUAUCCACAUUCCCACUCAUCGGAUUUUAGCGCUCAAGAAGAUCAAUAUUUUCGAAAAGGAGAAAAGGCAACAGCUGCUUACUGAGAUACGGACGCUAUGUGAAGCACCUUGCUACCAAGGUCUUGUAGAAUUUCAUGGUGCAUUUUAUACGCCGGAUUCUGGUCAAAUAAGCAUUGCUCUGGAGUAUAUGGAUGGAGGAUCAUUGGCGGAUAUCUUAAGAUUGCGGAAAAGAAUACCAGAACCUCUACUUUCUUCUAUGUUUCAAAAGCUUCUGCAUGGGCUGAGCUACUUGCAUGGAGUUAGGCAUCUAGUCCACCGAGACAUAAAGCCUGCCAAUUUGCUUGUAAAUCUCAAGGGCGAGCCAAAAAUAACAGAUUUUGGUAUAAGUGCUGGCUUAGAGAAUUCAAUGGCAAUGUGUGCGACAUUCGUUGGGACAGUUACAUACAUGUCGCCUGAGAGAAUUCGAAAUGAGAAUUAUUCUUAUCCAGCUGAUAUUUGGAGCCUUGGUCUUGCUCUCUUUGAGUGUGGUACCGGAGAAUUCCCAUAUACAGCUAAUGAAGGACCUGUCAAUCUUAUGUUGCAGAUCUUGGAUGAUCCAUCACCUACGCCUCCAAAACACAAAUUUUCACCAGAGUUUUGCUCGUUUAUUGAAGCCUGUUUGCAAAAGGAUGCAGAUGCUAGGCCAACGGCAGAGCAGCUACUUUCACACCCCUUCAUUACAAAGUAUGAGGAUUCCCAAGUGGACUUAGCAGUGUUUGUCCGAAGCGUAUUUGAUCCAACACAAAGGAUGAAGGACUUGGCAGAUAUGCUUACAAUACAUUUUUACCUACUUUUUGAUGGACCUGAUGAGCUCUGGCAACAUACAAGGACCUUAUACAGUGAAGAUUCAGUUUUCAGUUUCUCAGGAAAGCAAAUAGUUGGCCCAAAUGAUAUCUUUGCAAGUCUGUCAAGUAUACGAAGUACAUUAGCUGGUGACUGGCCUCCUGAAAGACUUGUGCAUGUUGUGGAAAAGCUUCAGUGCCGUGCUCAUGGUCAGGAUGGUGUAGCAAUUAGGGUAUCCGGAUCAUUCAUUGUCGGGAAUCAGUUCCUUAUAUGCGGAGACGGUGUACAGGUAGAGGGCUUGCCAAGCAUUAAAGAUCUUUCCAUUGAUAUUUCGAGUAAGCGAAUGGGUACAUUCCGGGAGCAGUUCAUUAUGGAGCCAAGCAAUAUAAUAGGGCGCUACUCCAUAUCUAAACAAGAACUUUACAUUAUGCAGUAA